AUGACUGAAAGUUUGAAUGAAACACACUUAGCUGAAUCACAUGCCGGGCACAGUUUCACGCUUGUCGGCCAACGUGCAUUUUUAUUUGGUGGAAUAACAAAUGAUAGUGAUGACCCUAAAAACAAUAUACCAAGAUACUUGAAUGAUCUGUAUACUCUGGAAUUGAAACCCAAUUCAAGUACUAUGUGUUGGGAUAUUCCAAACACUUAUGGUCAACCUCCUACACCUAGAGAAUCUCAUAGUGCAGUAGCUUAUCAAGUUCUUGAUGGAAUGAUAAAAAAAUGGCGUCUUUUAGUCUAUGGUGGCAUGUCCGGUAAUCGACUUGGUGAUCUUUGGCAAUUAGAAAUUGAUACAAUGACAUGGAUCAAACCUGUUAUCAGUGGUGAUCUACCGGCACCACGCAGUCUACAUAGUGCAACUGUUAUUGGAAAUCGCAUGUUUGUCUUCGGUGGAUGGGUUCCAUUGGUCAUGGAAGAAAUUAAAAUGACAGCCCAGGAAAAAGAAUGGAAAUGUACAAAUACUUUAGCUAGUCUUAAUCUUGAUACAAUGGCAUGGGAACCAUUAACAAUGGAAGUCACUGAUGAAUGCCUACUGCCUCGAGCUCGUGCUGGACAUUGUGCUGUAGCUGUUCAUAGUCGUUUAUACAUUUGGUCCGGUCGUGAUGGUUAUAGAAAAGCAUGGAAUAAUCAAGUUUGCUUUAAAGAUUUAUGGUUUCUGGAAACUGAUCGUCCUGCGGCUCCGACACGAGUUCAAUUAGUACGUGCUGGUACACAAAGUCUUGAAGUCACAUGGGGUUCAGUUCCUACUGCAGAUGCUUAUAUUUUACAAAUUCAAAAAUAUGAUGUUUCUCCUUCUACAACUUCAACAACACAUUCCUUAACAUCUUCACCAGUAGAUACAAGUGGAAUUGUUAAAGCUCCAAUCACUGUAUCUGCUGGUUCAUUGAAUUUUUCCAGAGCUGGUACUAUUUCACAACCUCUCAUUACCACUCCAGCUACGGCUAAUUCUGUUCCAAUACCAGCGCCUAUUCGAUUACCUACUACUACUGUUGCUGCUGCUGCCGCUGCCGCUGUUGGUUCAGUGUUAUCAAAUUCAUGCGUUACUAUGCCUGGUCACAGGGGACCGACUGUAGUUACACCGACAGGUUUAAAAAUUACACCUGUACCAGGUAGUACAGUUACUGGACGAACAGCAGCCAUCGCAACUGUAGCACAACAUCCUACUGGAGUUAAUCCAUGUGGUCCAACGAUUAUUCGAAGUUCAUGUCCUCCAAUCGCUCCAAAGCAACAUCUGAUUACUGUUGGUGGCAAACAAAUGGUUUCUGCAGUUUCUGUUGCAAAUAAUUCCUCCGGUGGUGGUGUAGUUACUUCUAAUCCAAGUCAAGUAGUACACAUUGUAAACAAAUCAACUGGUUUAAUUAAACCAAUUAAAUUAGUUUCCACUACAACUCCAUCAUCAACAGCUUCUAAAACGAUUACUGUACAACAAACGUCAGUUGGAGCAACUACUGGCGGUUCAGGUGUACCCAAAGUGAUCAAGGCAAUACCUGCCACGAUGCUUCAAAUGUCUGCAUCUGGUAAGCCUAUUUUAAUCGCCGGCGGUAGUGUAUGCCGUCCAGGUCAGACAACAGUUCAAGUAUCUGGUUCUGUACAUAGGCCAGCUGGACAGCAAAUAGUUAUCAUGAGUCCAACAAUAUCUUCCACAGGUACCAUACCAGCAUCAUCGAAUUUGUAUUUAUCUUCCGGAGGUGGUACCACCACUGGUCAAAUAAUAAGACAAGCAAAUCAACCACAAGUGACCUUAGUUCGACGAGAUCCAUAUGACACAACACAUGGUGUUGGCGGUGUUGGCGGUAAUACGAACGAUCCUAGUAGUAAUAAUACUAAUACUCAUACAACACCAUCAAUUCUUCAAACUAUUCCACAAUUGGACGGUACAGUUGAUAAUGAUGAUGAUGAAGGCGAUGGUGAUGAUGAUGAUGAUGCUGUUGUUGAUGAUGGGGCUGAUGGUGGUACCACUGAGAAUGAUACAACAUCCACUACAAUUCCAGAGUCGAAUUUAGUCGAAGAGAAGAAGUUAAAAGGACAUGGGGAUAGUGACAGUCAACAUUCGCCAACGUAUACAACAACAACAACAGAUGAAAAUGCCGAUUUGCAUAGUUCGUUAGCUGCAGAAGCUGCUGCUGAACUACUGGCAGAUAUUGGUGAAGACAAUAAUCCAUCCGGUUAUUCAAAUCAAAAUUCAACAAACAUUUCCAAAGAAACUGAUCAAGCAAUUAAAAAUUUAGUUGAUGAUGAUAUCAAGCCUAAUGUAUCAGGCGUAAAUGUUUCAUCCAAUAAUGAUCAUGAAAAGAAUUCCCAUGGAGAUUCAAGAUCUUAUGAAGAUUCUGUACAUGUGAAAGAUGAAAAAGAAGGAAAUGGUAGUUCUCUUACGGAUCCUUUAGAAACAUUAGCAUUAGUUGCUGCUCGUCGAAGUGGAACUCAUGAUGAUCGUGAAAAUGAUCCAAUCACAUCACAUGCCACAAUUUAUUCCAAUCCAAAUACAGCUCGUUUAGUUGCUGUUUCCGCCCCGUUGUCUCGUUUAUCUCCAUUAUUAUCUACAACAUUAGGAGGUGGACAAGUUUCUCGUUCAAUGACGACGACGACAGGUUUAGUUACGAAUUCUCAAUCGGUUAUCACCUCAUCAGCAUCACCAUCUACGAAUUGUUCUUCAUUGAUCAAUUCUUCAUCGAAUGUAACAACAACACCUGGUACAUUGAUUAGUCGAGGUGAUAAUUCUUGGCAUGAUGUUGGUGUUAUUAAAUCGACAAAUUACACUGUAACCAUGUAUUCUGCUUGUACUAAUGAUGCUGGUGUACAUAUGGAAGCUAUCAGUGCAUUACAAGGUCCAAAUGGGAUUGGACCCAAUGGGUUAACUACACAAGGCCCCAAAUUUCAACUUGCCCCUGGAACAGCUUAUAAAUUUCGUGUUGCAGGUCUUAAUGCAUGUGGUCGUGGUCCAUGGUCAGAGAUUAGUGCAUUUAAAACAUGUUUACCUGGUUAUCCAGGAGCGCCAAGUGCUAUAAAAAUAACUAAAUCUGAUAGUGGUGCACAUUUAACCUGGGAAGCACCACAGAAUACAGCGGGAAAAAUUACAGAAUAUUCUGUUUAUUUAGCUGUCAAGUCACAGACUCCAGGACAAGAUUCUACAGAGAACAAAGAUAUACGAGCGAUUGAUAAUAUAACAUAA